AUGUCUUUUCUCUCAGCGGAACGCGCAGUUGCAAUAGCAGCAGUUUUACAAGCGAGUAGAGUUUGUCAAAAAGUUUUUCAGAAACUUGUAACCAUUGAAGCCUAUACGAAAAGUGAUAAAUCUCCAGUAACAGUCGCAGAUUUUAGUUCCCAAGCAAUCAUAUCUACGUUUUUGCAUAAGAAUUUUCCAAAUGAUCCUAUCGUUGGAGAAGAAGAUUCUGAUGCAUUGCAUGGGGAAAGUGGUAAAGCGUUGAGAGAUAAAGUUUUAUCCUCAACUAAUUCUGUAUUGGAUGAACCAUUAGACGAACAGAAGUUGUUUGAAACCUUAGAUAGAGGAUCAUAUUCUGGUGGUGCUAAAGGAAUUGAUGGGACCAAAGGAUUUCUUCGUGGAGGACAAUAUGCAGUAUGUUUAGGUCUUAUCAUUGAUGGUCACGUUCAACUUGGAGUUACGGGAUGUCCAAAUCUACCUGUAGAUUUUAAAGAGCCAACAGGAGAAAAAGGAUGUUUGUUCGUUGCUGUUCGAGGACAAGGCGCUUUUCAGGUGAAUUUUUCAUCUUUAGUAGAGAAACAAAUAAGUUUGGCGGAGGUUUCGUCAGUAUCCGAUGCAACAUUUUGUGAAUCUGUCGAGGAAGCCCAUUCCUCACAUGGGGAAGCAGCACAAAUAGCGUCAUUAUUAGGUAUCACUAAACCAUCUAUUCGUAUGGAUAGUCAAUGUAAAUAUUGUUCUAUUGCCAGAGGUGACACGGAUAUACUUCUUCGGUUACCAGUCAUUAGAAGUUUAUUAAUUCAUGAAGCUGGAGGUGUGGUAUCUGAUAUUAAUGGAAAACCUUUGGAUUUUUCAUUAGGCAGAACUUUAAAGAAUAACAAAGGAGUGGUGGUAGCUCAUUCUAAUAUACAUUCUCAAGUUAUUAAAGCAGUUCAACAAGUUUUAUUCUCAAAAUGA